CAACAAGCCCCAGGGCCUUCGCUUUCCGUUCCCUGCGGGGCGCACCAGCCGCACGCCCACCCCACCCGCCUUCCGCCCCGGGCUCCGAGUUAGUGUAGCCGGGGCGUGACCCACGGUCACGUGGCUCGCCCGCCACGCCACGCCCACCCGCUUCCUGAACCGCGGGUCCUUGCAGCCUGUCUCGGUGUGCACGUGGCCUGCGUUCCUCCCCCGCCGCGCCCCGAACCCGCGCUGCAGCCAUGGCCCCCGGCCAGCUCGCCCUGUUCAGUGUGUCUGACAAAACUGGCCUCGUGGAAUUUGCCAGAAGCCUCGCAUCUCUUGGUCUGAGUCUAGUCGCUUCCGGAGGCACUGCAAAAGCUCUCCGGGACGCUGGCCUGGCAGUCAGAGAUGUGUCUGAGCUUACGGGGUUUCCUGAAAUGUUAGGGGGGCGUGUGAAAACCUUGCAUCCUGCAGUCCACGCUGGAAUCUUGGCACGCAGUAUUCCAGAAGAUAAUGCUGACAUGGCCAGACUUGAUUUCAGCCUUAUAAGAGUCGUUGCCUGUAACCUGUAUCCUUUUGUGAACACCGUGGCUUCUCCGGAUGUAACUGUUGAGGCAGCUGUUGAGCAAAUCGACAUUGGUGGAGUGACCUUGCUGAGAGCUGCAGCCAAAAACCACGCUCGAGUCACAGUUGUGUGCGAACCAGAGGACUACGUGGCCGUGUCCACAGAGAUGCAGAGCUCUGACAGCAAGGACACCUCCUUGGAGACCAGGCGUCACUUAGCCUUGAAGGCAUUUACUCAUACUGCACAAUAUGAUGAAGCAAUUUCAGAUUACUUCAGGAAACAGUACAGUAAAGGAAUCUCUCAGAUGCCCUUGAGGUAUGGAAUGAACCCUCAUCAGACUCCUGCCCAGCUGUACACGCUGAAGCCCAAACUCCCCAUCACAGUUCUCAAUGGAGCCCCAGGAUUCAUAAACCUGUGUGAUGCCUUGAAUGCCUGGCAGCUGGUGAAGGAACUCAAAGAAGCUUUAGACAUUCCAGCUGCAGCUUCUUUCAAGCACGUCAGCCCAGCAGGUGCUGCUGUUGGAAUUCCAGUCAGUGAAGAUGAGGCCAAAGUCUGCAUGGUCUAUGACCUCUACCCGACCCUCACACCUGUAUCUACUGCGUAUGCCAGAGCAAGAGGGGCCGAUAGGAUGUCUUCAUUUGGUGAUUUUAUUGCAUUAUCUGACAUCUGUGAUAUCCCGACUGCAAAAAUCAUCUCCAGAGAAGUGUCAGAUGGUAUUGUUGCUCCGGGAUACGAAGAAGAAGCCUUGAAAAUACUUUCUAAAAAGAAAAAUGGAAACUACUGUGUUCUUCAGAUGGACCCAUCUUACAAACCAGAUGAAAAUGAAGUUCGAACACUCUUUGGUCUUCGUUUAAGCCAGAAGAGAAACAAUGGUGUCAUCGACAAAUCAUUGUUUAGCAAUGUUGUUACCAAGAAUAAAGAUCUGCCGGAGUCUGCCCUUAGAGACCUCAUCGUGGCCACCAUUGCUGUCAAGUAUACUCAGUCUAACUCCGUGUGCUAUGCCAAGGACGGGCAGGUCAUUGGCAUCGGAGCAGGUCAGCAGUCUCGGAUCCACUGUACACGCCUUGCAGGAGAUAAGGCAAACUGCUGGUGGCUUAGACACCACCCACGAGUACUUUCUAUGAAGUUCAAAGCUGGAGUGAAGAGAGCAGAAAUCUCCAAUGCCAUUGAUCAGUAUGUAACUGGCACCAUUGGUGAGGGUGAAGACUUGGUGAAGUGGAAGGCACUGUUUGAGGAAGUCCCUGAGUUACUCACCAAGGUGGAGAAGGAGGAGUGGGUCAACAAACUGAGUGAGGUUUCCGUCAGCUCCGACGCCUUCUUUCCUUUCCGGGAUAACGUAGACAGAGCUAAAAGGAGUGGCGUGGCCUACAUUGCAGCUCCUUCUGGUUCUGCUGCUGACAAGGUUGUGAUUGAGGCUUGUGAUGAACUGGGGAUCAUCUUGGCUCACACAGAUCUUCGGCUCUUCCACCACUGAUCUUAAUUCACAUCCUUCCACUGUUUGCUUGUGUGUAAUGAAUAAUCGUGUGGUAUUUUGGAAAGUAUCUUCUAAAAAAUAAAUCAUUUGCAUCUUAAUAAUUGGAUCUAUAGUUUUAGGUAGUUGGGCUUUAUUAUCUGAAAGGUAUACACAGCCUAACACAGCACACAUGGAGGGUUGUGUGUGAGGAACCCAGAAGCAACUGUCCCUCUUGGAGCUGGACUUACCCAUGACAUUCCUGUGUGACACUUGAAACUGCAAGAGCAGCCAGAGGACGGCACACAUUUCAAGCUGCAGGGUUUCCCACUGGGGCUUGCUCUCGGCAGGACUAUUCAUCAGGCCCCUGAGGAGCUUGCCUGUCUGCCUCUUAAACAGCAGGUUAUGCCCUGGGAACUGGAUCUUUAGCAGGGAUUAGUAAGUGCCAUUGACCCCUCUGGAUAAUGCUGAUACCUGGUUUUACCCUCUUAGGUGAAAUCUUGCCUGUAAUUUCAACAGCCCAAGAUCUUCCCUCUGGAACUGCAUUAAAAAAUUACAUUAUCUAUUUAGUAAUAGAUGUUGGUACCUAGAAGCGAACCCAAUAUUCUACUUACAGCUUUUCACCAAACGUGAGCACAGUGGGAGAGCUGUGCUUCCCUUGCUAGGCAGGACAUGAUUAUGCAUCUGUGUCCCUGCCCUGUGGUCAUCACUAUUCACACAGAGGACACCUGUGAUCAGCUGCAACCUUUGAGCUCUGUUAACCUCAGUAGAUCAGUUCUGCCUUCUUUACACUCCCUCCCUAAAUAAAAAAUACUGAGCUUUUUUUUUUAAAGGUCA